ACCAAGAUGCUGAGUAUGGCAAGAUCCAUCAAGUUUUCCAGGACUUUCGUCAGCCUGGUGACACCUGCCAGCCGCAGUGGCCACACGGUCUAAGGCAAGGACCUCGUGCACUUGGGCACUGGGACCGUCGGUUUGAAUCCCACUCAAGGUCCAUGGUGAGGAACCCGACUAAUAACAAAAUGUUAUCUUCAAAAACGAAUGAUAAUGAAAAUCUCUCAAUGUUAUCUUUCCAAAACAAGGAACAGCAGACAGAGGAACUGGAUAAAAGAUGCCAGUGCAAUUCAUGGCCAGUAAUGGAAGAUACAAUUAAUAAGCUCAGAGAUAACCUGACAGCUAUUGAGAGAAAGGUAGAAGAUGUUAGUGAAGCCAUUGUAGAAAGAGACAUGUUAUUAGCCAGAUUACAGAACUUUGAUAACGUGAAUCAGGAACUUGAGAUGCUUAAAGUUAAAGUGGCAGACCUGAUGCAUCACAAACAUAAUGGAGAGAAGAAAACUGAAAAGACGAUAAAGAAAUUGAAUGCGUGUGUAGAAAGGCUCCUAUAUGAAAAUAAAAAGUUAAAACAGGAAAGUGAUUGGAUUCGUUACCGCUGUGGAGAUAAAAUAACAGUUACCAGAAAUGAUGAAGCAGCGGGGCAUCUCUGUACCAAAGGACACAGGAAAAUCACAAAGAAACAGAAUCAUAUCAAGCCUGACCACCAGGGCAGCCAUGACUACAGCAACUACAGUGUCACAGACUGGGAUGACAACUGGUACGACUGGAUCAAGAAUUGGUGCGACUAUUUUGAGGACUGGUACAACGAAUGGUUUGAGGACUGGGAUGAUGACUGCGAUCAGGACUCGGAUGAUGACUGCAAUGAGGACUCGAAUUAUGACUGCGAUGAGGACUGGGACAAUGAUGCUGUCAAGAAUGAUGGGCAAAUCAAGGCAAUGGAUAUGCCACCUAAGGAUAAACUGUCAGUUUGUACCUGUGGAAAGGCCAAAGUGUUUACUCCCCCAGAUGAGCCUUCAUUACCCUACCUUCCCAAAUUGAAAGACUUCACGAAGCUUAAGAUUCUUGGAAAAGGAGGCUUUGGAAAAGUUUUCCUUGUACGCAAGAAUGGCGGUAGAGAUAACGGUGCAUUGUAUGCCAUGAAGAUGAUGGACAUCACCAACAAUACUUCUCGAAAAAAAAUUCUUCAAAUAUGCAGUACAGAACACAAUAUACAUCUAACAGUUGCUGACACUCCAUUCCUUGUGGCCCUCUAUUACACUUUCCAGACACUAUCAAAGGUGUGCUUCAUACUGGAGUAUUAUCCAGGCGGUGACUUGGCCACCUACUUGAAUGAGAGGAAGAAGCUUUCAGAAUGGGAGGCACGGCUGUUCCUAGCCGAGAUAGUCCUGGGUGUACAGCACCUUCAUGAGAUUCGAAUAAUCCACCGCGAUCUGAAACCAGGAAAUAUCCUGAUUGACUCUCUUGGUCACCUGGCUCUCGCAGAUUAUGGAUUAUGCAAACAUUUCCCGAGUGAUGCAAAGCAGGACAAACUUGCUUAUUCAAUGUGUUGCACAGAGGUGUAUAUGGCUCCAGAGAUGAUCCGACACAACGGCUAUGGCAAGGAAGUGGACUGGUGGAGUGUUGGUGUAAUUGCAUAUGAAAUGUUGGCUGGGUUCAGGCCAUUUGUAAUUAUGAAAGAAGAAGUCAUGACAAAACUCUAUCUUAAAAUUCUAUACGACAAGCCAGAUAUCCCAUCAUGGUUCUCAAUAUAUGUGGCAGAACUUGUCCAGGAACUGCUGAAGAAGGAUCCCAAAGUACGACUGGGUGAAGGUGAAGACGGUGCACAAAAUAUCAAGCAACAUUCAUUUUUUAAUGGUAUAGUCUGGCAAGAUGUGGAAAGGAAAGCAAUAAAGAUGCCGUACCGUCCACCUUUUGAUAUUAAAAAUGACGCCAAACGUGUUCAUAACAAUUUGAGCAAGGAACUUCAUACUCAUUCAAAUUGUAAUGACCACAUAACCCAGGCAUGCUUAUAUGUAGCCCCAUCCCUGAUCCCUAACCAGAGACAUAGACCAGAAACUUCAAGGAAGUGCCUGAACAAAAAUGAUCUUCAGACUCAGCAAUUUCAUGACAUCAGUGGCAACAUAUAUCCCGGCUGUAACCAACUUCAUAACAAGAAUUAUAGGAUUUGAGGUUUUCACAGCGGUGAGUCUGAAGAUAGCUGUCUUCUGCAUUGUUAUAACAUAGUCUGGCAUUAGUUUUACCAACGUUUCAGAGGUCCUUGCUGCCUCCAUUGUUCUGAUGAUGGAGACUGCAAGGACCUCUGAAACGCAAGUAAACUUCUACCAGACAACACGGUGUAACAACCCACAAGACAGCCAUCUUCAGGCAUUAUACUCACUGACGCAGAGACAACAGAGAUUAACAUCCCAACAACCAAAAACAUCAGCGACAGGCAAAACCCUUGACUUGAAGUGGAGAGGUGAGAAUUGGAAAUCAGUUGGGGUACCAUCUGCUGUGAACCCUAAAAAAUACGAGUUCUGUAAAGAUUUGUAAAUUUGAAUAAAAUAAUAGUUUGCAUAUGAUACAGAGACAUCAUUAA